CUGUAGUCACAUCCAAAAUAGCAGUCGGAGAAUCUAGACUUAACGUUUUGAUCGAGUGGAGUUACUAAUGACUUCAUUAUCGGUUCUGGCUUGGAUAUCGCUUCAUGUAGAGAUCGCCCGCUGUUAAACCUCACGACGGUGAGCGAUCAGUCUCUAAGCAUGUAACUCGAGUCCUUAUCCACAGCCACGUUAAUACCGAAACUUCAGCUCGGGCUAAUUAUCAGACAUGUAGUUUAGAGACGCUGUCAUCACAUCAGUGCACUUGCAAUGGCCUGCCUGUCGUCGGUCUGUAGCUGUUGACACACCUGGAGCUGUAAUUGGUUGAGGGAAGAUGCAACAGGUCCCGUACGGAUCUGUGGAUCGAGACAAGCCUCUCAUCCGUUUGCCUUUCACCCGGUUAGCGGUGAUCACAGUGUGUCUGCCUCUGCUCGGCCUCAUCGCCUGCAUCGUGCUGGCUCUCCUCUACCACUACAAUGAUGCGACCUACACACACUGCCAGGUUCCUAACUACCUCCCAUCCAUCAGCGCGGCCAUCAGUCUGACACCAGAGCGCUACAUCUGGCGCUUCAGCAUCGGCCUGCAUUCUGCCCCGCGCUUCCUGGUGGCAGCAGCAUAUUUGAGCUUUUACCGCGGACGCUUUUCCAAGAGGCUGAUGGAGCAGCUUUUGAGUGGCCUCACAUUCCUCUUAGCUUUAAGUGAAAAUGUAGGGCUGCUUCUGCUCACCUACGUCUCCUCCAAUGAGACCUACACUGGGUUUGUGUGCUUCGGGGGAAGUGGUUGCUGUGCUCUCACAGAACCUCGUCCCACCUGCUUGCCCCACAUCACGUUGCAGAAGAGAACUGAUGACAUUGAGAUGAUGUCAUACCGCCAGAAGUUCCGCCUCUUCCUCUUCAACGGUUUCUUCUGUCUGUUGGCUGCAUACUUCUACAAGCGGCACAACACUUACUGUGAAACAGGAAUUUACACGUUGUUUGCUUUGUGUGAGUAUCUGGUGGUGCUGUCCAACAUGGCCUUCCACAUGACUGCCUACUGGGACUUUGGAGGUUCUGAAGCCCCACCCUGGAGUGCUGAGGAAGAAAAGAAUGAAGAGUUGAAUGUGGCGCAGUGCAUGCUGGGACCUCUGUUUCCUGAAGGGACUGCCAGACAGUUUCCCCACCACAAGGAAGUAAAGCCGACAAGCUGCCAGGCAACAACACCCUCAUCACACCUAUAAGAUCAGGUAUGUCUAAGGGGCUGGUUCACACGCUGCUUUUGAACAGAGUGUGGCAGUGGGGUUCCGGAAGUAAAAAUCCCAUUAAUUUUUUUAAAUUUUCCAUUAAAUUUUCUGCAUAAGGGAAUUGAUUUUGAAUUAUAACUUCUAAACCUUUAAAGACAAACCUGCUGUGAGCUAUGAGGUUGUUAAUCAAUGGGGUAUGCUUCAGUUCAAACCAUCAGCCCAUAUUAUUUUUACUUAUUUUUCAAAUAAUCAUGUUCAAAGGUAGAAUUCCUGGUGAAAAACUACGUUACCCAUGAUUCUGCAGCGAAAUCCACCAAUGAGAGAAUUACAACAAGCAAAUCACACUAAAAGAGCUCUCAGUGACUGCCCACUCCCAUAAAGCACUGCAAAUGACAUGACUCUCAAACUAUUUAAAUAUUUGUACAUAUAUGCAUAUUUUGCA